UGCCUUUUUCCCAUUUUGGCUCCGAAUCAUCGUUCGCUUGUUUCAUAUCGAGACUCGUGUGUAGUUUAUUUCUCUUGUGUAUGCCUCUGCUAUUCUUGGCAACGACCCCCCCCGUCUCUCUCUCUCAACAAUCUUUCUUCGACAACUCAAACCCUAGCAGGGUAUGUAAUUUAUUAAUUAGAAACUCGAUAAUUAUGUUCCAUUGACGAAGGAAUGGCUAUGCAGAGUUAAGCACAUUGGGGAUCAAGAAUAAUUUAUUCUUUGAUUUGGGUAUUUGCAAAAUUGAGGAUUUAAGGGUGUCUGGUGUUUCAUUGUAUUGGGUUCCUUUUAAUUUUAUUGAUAUGCGAAGAAACAGAAUCAAUUGAUAUUGGUUGUUGUUGUGGUCUUCAUUUAUGUAAUUAAUUUGGUUUUUGGGAGUUUUGAUUAAUUGGAGAAAUGGGUAUCGAAAGGAGGGUAGUUUAGUGAAAUGGAAACAAAAGAAGACGGUGAUGCACAAGAGGAAUGGCCAACAUCACCAUAUCAAGUGUUACAGCAUAUUUCCGAGGAGGCAGUUAGAGUGGCGGGCGAAGCAAUACAGAGUGUUUAUGUGGGUUGUAGUCCUAAUAAUAUUCAGCCAUCAGAGCCACCGGGGCACAGACGUAGUCAAAGUGAAGUUUUGACAAAGGUACACAAGCGUAACAAUAGUUUUCAGAGAUUGAAGACUCAUAUGCAAAAGGCAUUGCGAUGGGGUAGCAAUUCACGGGAACAAACUUUGUUUUCCUCUUUCAAUCCUGAGAUCUUGGCUAACCAAAAACGUCAGUGGUAUCAGCUUCACUCAAAAUCGUUGGACCAGAAAAAAUAUGAGGAGCCCAUCUCGCUUUUUGAACACUUAAUCAUUGUGGGUCUUCACCCAGAUGCAAAUCUAGAUGUAGUGGAGGAUGCAUUUGCCAAAAGGAAAAAAUGGGAGUCAGAAAUGCAAAAAUAUGAAAUGAUGGAUAUCAAACUGCGGCAGUAUCGGGGACCUUCAUUUCCAACAUUGGAACCUCAGAUACUUUUUAAGUAUCCUCCUGGGAAGAGGUUAUCUGUCCGUCCAAAGGAUUUAACAGCAUUCUGCUUUCCUGGGGGUGUGAAGGCAAGAGUAUUGGAGAGGACACCAUCGUUAAGUGAUCUAAAUGAACUUGUUUAUGGACAAGAACACUUGUGCAAUGAUAAUAUGUCAUUCAUAUUUUCACUCAAGGUGGCAGACAAUGCAACACUAUAUGGUGUUUGCUUACAUGUACAAGAAAUGGUUCAGAGACCACCUGCUAUGUUAGGAGCUGCAUCACCCAUUUCCCAAUCAUCUGGAAUCAGUCGCUUAUUGGCUUCUGCUCCUCGCUGUUACUGUGUUUUAACAAGAGUUCCGUUCUUUGAAUUACAUUAUGAGAUGUUGAACAGUAUCAUUGCACAGGAUCGUCUGAAUCGGAUAACACAGUUUGUCACUGAAAUCGCUCUCACUGAUUAUAUCCCCUCAGGAACCAAAUUACAUGAUCCGAUGAAUGACUCCCCAUACAGGGACUGUUGUACCGAUUGGAUGGCUUCUGCAAUACCAGUUGACAGUGCGAUAGCCCUUACUGCAGCUGCAGCAGGCAUUGUAUUAGAUGACAUUCCAUCUACUUCAUGUAGAUGGGAAUCUGUGUCUCCUGAAAGUGGUAGCAUCAGCGGGGCUUCAGAUUAUAGCCAAACAAAGGAAACAGAGAAGGAUGGAAAAAAGAAUCUGCAUUAUUUCGAUGACAAUGCCUCUGAGACCUCAGAAAAUCGGUUUGAUGGUUUAGAAAGAAUGAGUGGAAGUUGUGAUAAUGGCCAAACUCCUCCAGAGGUUGGGACGUGUGUCUAUCGUCGGAGCCCAACAUUGGAGCGUCUGGGAAGUUCUGAGUCCUUAUUCCGGUAUAAUGGCCAAACUACUCCAGAGGUUGGGACGGGUAUCUACCGUCGGAGCCCAAGGUUGGAUUGUCUGGAAAGUUCCGAGUCCUUAUUCAGUCCAGCAAGAAGCAUUGGAUCAGAGGAUGAAGACGAUGAAAUCUUUUUCUACCAUGAAAAAGUGGCUGGGGAUGAUAUAAUAAUGGAAUGGGCUAGGGAGAAUAAAAAUGAUCUACUACAGAUAGUUUGUGGUUAUCAUGCUAUGUCUAUUCCCACCCGAGGAAGUGAAAUAGUUUUUCAUCCACUUGAGCAUUUACAGGCUAUUGCGUAUAGGAGGCCUCCAGUUUCUGCUCUUGACCUAAGUGAAAGAUACCUGGAUCAGAAAUUGCAGCAGUCAUUGGAAACUGCUGAGGUUAAUCUGAAGUUAUCUGCGGCUGAGGAAGCUUUGUCACUAUCAAUAUGGACUACUGCCACAAUUUGUCGAGUUCUUUCCCUUGAAAGCGUACUGGCAUUCAUCACUGGGGUAUUACUGGAAAAACAAGUUGUAGUAGUGUGUCCAAACCUGGGUGUUCUAUCAGCUAUAAUCUUAUCUUUUAUUCCUAUGAUUCGUCCAUUUGAGUGGCAGAGUUUAUUCCUUCCAGUUCUGCCAGGGAAGAUGCUUGAUUUUAUUGAUGCUCCUGUUCCAUUCAUCGUUGGUGUACAACAAAAACCAGCUGAUUGGAAGAAGAAAACUUCUAAUCUUGUUCUUGUUAAUGUGGUCAAAGACCAGGUAAAAACAUGUUACUUACCUGCACUUCCUCGACGUAAAGAGCUUAUCUCCGAAUUACAACCAAUCCAUACUAGAUUGUCCUGUGAAAAGUCAAUUGCUAAAAGGCGUCCUGUAUAUAAAUGCAACGAAGUGCAGGCUGAAGCUGCUGCACAAUUCUUAACAGUCAUGAGGCGCUACUUGGAGUCGCUUUGUUCAAAUUUGAGGUCUCAUACAAUCACUAGUGUACAAUCAAACAAUGACAGGGUCUCUUUACUCCUUAAGGAUAGUUUUAUUGAUUCCUUUCCUAGUAAGGACCAGCCAUUUAUUAAGUUGUUUGUAGACACACAACUGUUCACCGUUCUGUCUGACUCACGUUUAUCAAACUAUGAGAAUGAGUACUAACUCAAGCAUGUUGCAAGUUCAAUGCACGAGUUCAAACUCUGGGACACAAAGAAAGGAAUUCAUUGGACAACAAUAAAAGAGAUGGAAGAAAUGGUCGUCACUGUUCCUCUUCGUAAAAUAGCCCUAUGACAGAAUUUUGUAGAUCCUAAUGCUUUUGGUGCCAUUGAUAUUGGACUAUGCAGCUCAAAGAUGUUGCUAAGAUGAAAUUUUGUAGUGUAGUGACAUCAUAAUAAUAGUUGCAAACUCAACACAGCUCUGAUGUCUGUUGUGUUGCCCUGCGUGAUUGAUCAUCAUCCCAAAUUUUUAGUGGGAUUGAUGUCGCCAGUCAAAGAUCCACAUCAGUUAAAAAAUGAACCAGUUUUAGCAAGCAUUAUUUUAUUGGUAGAUGUAUUUUAAGGGUUGAAAUUAUUGUUGAUUAAUGUAAUGUAUAGUGUAUAACCUUUGAUGUUUAUUUGAAAUAUAUAGUUUCAUGACACAAUUACAAAUA